UCCGGUGUCUUGUUAGCGCUCCGCAUCGCUCGUGUGACCUGCCGUGUCCUCCAAGUGCACAGAGGUUUGACAGCCGGUCAUUCAAGGACAGCAUCACCGAAACCAUGGUCCUUGAAGAGAAGAUGAUCAUGAACGGAGAGCCGGAGGAUGAGGAGGAAGAAGAGGAGGAGGAGGAGGAAGAGGAAGAAAUGGUGGAUCCUCUUGAAACCAUGCGGCAGAAAUGUGAAGAGGCGGAGCACUGCAUGCACACCCGGGAGCGUCUGGAGCAAUGUGAGACCAGAGUUGGCUCUCGGUCCGCAACUGAGGAGGAUUGCACCGAGGAGUUGUUUGACUUCCUGCAUGCUCGGGACCACUGUGUGGCACACAAACUUUUCCAUUCUGUGAAAUGAAGUCCCUGCGCUGGGUGCUGACAUUCUUCAAAUGACGUAUUACGAGGAGAAUGUCGUAAUAAAUGUAUCCAUAUGUGGAUCUGCUGUAUGUGUUAACUUAAAUGCCAUGCUGUAUCUGCUCAUGUAUUGAACAAUGUAUUAUGAGUCGUCAUCUGAUUAAAGUCGAUGGCUUGAA